AUGCUAAGUGAACCAAGGUAAAGCUAAAAUGUAUGCAUGAAACAGCUAAGAUUGUGAGGCUCACAGGAUAUAUGAUGUGUGACAACAAUCAGACAUAGGCACAUUUCAUGAGCUGUUUUACAUAAUCAUCAGCUGCUGUAUACUAAAUCCCCUGUUGUAUCUUCUGACCUUUUCUUCCAUCCCAGUAGUGAAGGCUGAUACGGUCUCAGGCAGUGACAUGGCCAACCCUCUGAGGAGUGAGGUUAGACAGCUGUACAAGAAUGUAAGUUCAACACUGACUACUGCCAGUGCACCCACCCGUUGUUGUUACCCGCACUUACUUUCAGUAUCUGAGAUUUGCUUCCACUCAUGCAAUAUUUAGCUGUCUUUCCAAAACAAUCCCCAAAGCCUGGAAUAAUCAUUGGUAACCUGUCUCCUUCCAUUGACAGCUACUGUUUUUGGGACGGGAAUACCCCAAAGGAGCAGACUACUUCAGGGAACGUCUGAAGAGUGCCUUUAUGAAGAACAAAGAUGUCACAGACCCUAAGGAGAUCAAGACGCUAGUCGACCGUGGGGAGUUUGUGAUAAAGGAACUGGAGGCCCUGUACUAUCUAAGGAAGUACAGAGCCAUGAAGAAGCGUUACUAUGAAGAAUAA